ACAUGCCCACAAUCUCAUUCCGCAAACGCCUCUCCCAGAGACCGGCCACCUGCCUUGCAGCCAUGACUAAGAACCAAGCAUUAGGAACGCCGGCCAGUCUCUCUCUUUACAGGAUUUAAGCCUCUUUCACACUUCAGGGACUACUUUUUAGGAGCAAACCAUUUUCGGAUUAGUGGAAAGAUGUGUGUGACCACCAAAGCUUUUCCGCUGAGUACAGAGUGCGACAGCUGUCUUUCACACGCACCUUUUCAUAAAAAUACUCGGUGUAGGCUUCCAGAGGUCAUGGAAUCUUCGCGUAUUCCUGAAGCACAAUGGUACGGUCCAGAACCUGCCCCAUCCUCUCUGUGAUUGGUCUUUCCUCCGCGGAGAGACGGACGCUUCCAGCCCAAUGAGCGCUCACGUUUCUCCGGCGAAAGCCGAGCGAUAGAAGGAGGCGGCCUGGAAACCGCCCCCUACGCGUCCCGGGAUUGGUUACGUCGCACGGCGCGCGGGGACGCGGGCGAGAGAGGAGGGAACUACGACUCCCGGCAGCCCUACGGAAGGACUCCGUUACGCAUGCGCAUAGGCGGGGCGAACGCCCUUCUAUAUAAAAGAGGCGCAGAGGGCUAGGCGACAGCAGUUGGAAGUUGGCAGGUGGAAAGACAGGUUGGGAGGGGAAGCUGGGGGAGGAGGCGGAAGAGCUGUCUGAAGGGGGAGGAGGGAGGGAGGAAAAGAGGAGGAGGCGGAGGAGAGCCGAGCAGAGCUGAGCCGAGCAUCGAGCCAGAGGGGAGAUGAGUUUGUCUGUCCUCGGCGAAGGCUCCGGCCGGGCCUAGGGAACUGGGAGCUCGGGUUGGAGCGACACCCGUGGAAGUGGGAGGAGGUGGCUCUGGGACUUUAACCCCUUGUGGACUCUGCGGCAGGGGAUUUAACCCUUUGUGGAUUCAGCCCCGCGGAGACAGCGUCAUCGGGUAGUUUUAACCCCUUCGGGAUUGGGUUUAACCCAUUGGACUUAAACCUCAUCUUCCCACCACCUCAUCGAUUCUGGGAGCGCUCGUCGGGGAAGUUGAAGCCCACCCUCUGCACAUUACGUACUGCUCCUGCCGCUGCACCCCCUUGGACCUGCUAGUUGGCCACGCUUGUGGGUGCUUAACCCUUUACUGACUUGACUCCAAGUUCCGACUGGAGUUUGCUGACAGGACUGGCGAACGGCGUCACUGCAGAAUCGCGGACCGAAGAGGACUCUUGGACAUUUUUAAAAAGGAAAGGAAAACCUUUCCUCCUUAAGGACUAACAGCCCAAAUUUCUCAAACUUCUCGAAGAGGACUCCAUUAAGCCAUGGCCGAGCCACUCUUGUCAGAGUAUCAACACCAGCCUCAAAGUAGCAACUGUACAGGUGCUGCCGUGGUCCGUGAGGAGCAAAACUCCGAGCGCCCCCCCGGCGCGGAGGAACGAGUGCCGGAGGAGGACAGUAGGUGGCGAUCGAGAGCGUGCCCCCUGUCGGGGGGCCGGCCGGGGCCCGAAGGGGGCCCGAAGCCCCAGCCGCCCUCCCUGCAAACCCACGGCCGCCCGGAGCCCAGCUGCCUGGAAGCGGACGAGAAGGGCCAGAACCGGGAGGACUCAUCCCCUGGCGCUGCCUCCCCGUCGAUGGGAGGGGAACUGAUGUCGGAGCCCCUCAUCCAGCCGUGUCCCGACUCUGAGGCCAACAAGUUGGGAGCUCCCGCCGCUGGGGGCGAGGAGGCGUGGGGCCAGCAGCAGAGACAGCUGGGCAAGAAAAAGCACAGGAGACGCCCCUCCAAGAAGAAGAGGCAUUGGAAGCCUUAUUACAAGCUGACCUGGGAGGAGAAGAAAAAGUUCGACGAGAAGCAGAGCUUGCGAGCUUCGAGGGUUCGAGCUGAGAUGUUCGCCAAGGGCCAGCCGGUCGCGCCCUAUAACACCACACAGUUCCUCAUGGAUGACCAUGACCAGGAGGAGCCGGAUCUCAAAACCGGCCUCUACCCCAAGAGGGCCGCCGCCAAAUCCGAUGACACCAGCGACGAGGACUUCAUGGAAGAAGCGGGUGAGGAGGACGGGGGCAGCGAUGGGAUGGGAGGGGACGGCAGCGAGUUUCUGCAGCGGGACUUCUCCGAGACGUAUGAGCGGUACCACGCCGAGAGCCUGCAGAACAUGAGCAAGCAGGAGCUCAUCAAGGAGUACCUGGAGCUGGAGAAGUGCCUGUCGCGCAUGGAGGACGAGAAUAACCGGCUACGGCUAGAAAGCAAGCGGCUGGACGGCGACGACGCGCGAGUGCGGGAGCUGGAGCUGGAGCUGGAGCGGCUGCGCGCCGAGAACCUCCAGCUGCUGACGGAGAACAAACUGCACCGGCAGCAGGAGCGGGCGCCGCUUUCCAAGUUUGGAGACUAGACUGAAAACUUUUUGGGGGGGGAGGGGGCUAAGGGGACUUUUUACAGUGCUGGAAUGUAACAUUAUAUACAUGUGUAUAUAAGACAGCGGACCUUUUUAUGACACAGAAGAGAAAAUCCCCCCGGCUUUGGUUUGGUAAAUUUAGCUAUGAUGUAGCUUGCGUGCAUUCUGUUCUUUAAUUAUGUGAAACUCAAGGGUUGCUUUUCUUGUUUUCCUCUUUAGAAGUUUCUUAAUGUGUAAAUAAUUUGACCAAGUUAUAAUGCAUUUUUCUGUUUAAAAAAGAGACCCCCUCCUUAAACGGAGCUUUAAGGUGGCCAAAUCUGAGACCCAUUAAAUUCAUUCUAGUUAUAAUAAAUUUAAUAUUUGUAAAUGUAACAGUUUCAGUGUGAUUUCUAGAGCUAAUUCAAAAUAGUACCGAUUUAUGUGAUUGCAUUUUUGAGGAAGGUAACAAAAUCGUUAAAUUUUUCAGUUUGCAAAAAAAAAAAACAAAAAACUUGAAUGGGGUAACUUAGUUUGUAACCCCCCCAAUGAGUUUUAGUAUGCUACAUAAAAAAUUUUAAUGAUCUUCAGUACUGAAGUGUGCUUGUUUCCUAAUGCCUUUUCCUUUUUAAUGCUGGAGAAACUAACCAGUUGCUGGGUGUCGGGUUGUGCAAGGUGGCUACAAGCAGCAGCUUAAGUCUGCCCCUUGAUGGCCAUUCAGAAGUGUGCUGACAGAAGUGUAAACCUAAUUUGUCAGUUUAUUAGACUAGAUAACUGAGAGCCUCAUUUCAUUCCUACAAGCUGGUUUUCAGUAAUCCUGCCAUCCCUUGAGUAACACUAGGAAUGCCUGGAUGCCUGGGGGAACUUAGUACAAGUAAUGAACAGCUAAGAUCAACUUAAGGAGCAACUCCUUAAGAUGUUACAGACAAAAUACUGAACUUGAAAUGUCUGGGGGAUCCAAAGAUAAUCGUUAAUACUUAAGUGCUUUUCUCUUUCUCUAUUUUUAAAAAACUACCUUUACAUGAGAAUCAAGCGAAAACUCAAAAUGUCCCUUAUUAUAAGUCAAAUGGAAAGCUGGUUCUGGAGAGGGCUGAGGUCCUUGGGUGAUGAAUGAGGAGCCAUACACGUUCCCUGCACAGCAGCUAGUCUGUCUCCUAGGCUGUGCUGACAGUUGCUUAGGUUAAGUAGUUCUGCUCUGGAAAAUGCAGGGAGGCUCACAGAACUAAUUCCUGCCACAAAAUCAAAAGUUUCUUAAAUGACUGUUCUUUUCUGUCGUUAUAAUUAAUCCAACCUUCCUUCACCUGACCUGUCAGUAUUUUCUGAGGGCAAUAGCAUUGCUCAAGUUAUUAGCACAGGGGUUCCUUUAACUUGGAGCCUUAAAAACCAUAGGGGGCCUUGGGGGUCCACAAACCCCAUAUUUGUGUGUAGUCUUGUGUUAUAUGUGAGGUUUUUUUUUUUUUUGGUGAGCAGAGGGUUCAAGAGAUUCAAAAUCCUGACAGCUAAGAACCCCUGCAGAGAAAGGGAAAGAAACCCUUCUCAUUGGGGAGCCUGCUCUGUCAGCUAAAUGGCUGCAGUGGAGGUGAUGGGAACUUCAAGGGUGAAAUACACCUUAUGAUGCAUAAGAAGCAUAUACAAAUCAGCAAGUUUGGGGACCUGCCAGUAGGAUGAUUCAGGGCCUUUAAAACCAGGUGUGCUGGUCCUAUUCUGGCAGGUGGUCCGCUGGAGACACUGUAUAAUCAAUUUUUCUUUGACCUAAAAAUUACAUUAAAUGUCUAUUUUGAAA